AUGCAGGAGAAGUUCCCCCUGUACUCUGACAAGUUCCCCAUCUGGGCGAUGCAGUCCGACGCCAUGCUGCAGUUCACCCUGUGGACCGCCCUCGAGGCCGAGGGCCUGGGCGCCAACCUGCAGCACUACAACCCCCUGAUCGACUCGCGCGUCGCCUCCGAGUGGAAGAUCCCCGACAACUGGAAGCUCAACGCCCAGCUCGUCUUUGGCGGCAAGACGGGCGAGGCCGGCCCCAAGGACUUCCUGCCCAUCGAGGAGCGCCUCAAGGUCUUUGGCGCUUAG